ACUGUCAAAAGAAGCGUUUGUCACUGCAUGUGUCGGAAGACCACCAGGGGUUUGAAGUCAGAACCCCAGCUGCUCCUUUCCUUAUUAGCUGUACUAACUGUAGAAUUUUGCCUUCUUUUUUUUUCUUUUUUUUUUUUGUUUUGAAUAUACCCCAUUCCCAAGUACAAUCAGAUAAAGACAAACAUUUACCCCUUUAUUGCCUUGAAAGUUACAAUAUAAUAUAUUGCCAUCCCAUGGAGCAGAGGUGGAACAAUCAAAGCAUGGGGCUGAGUACAGGCCCUUCGCUCCUACUUAAAACCAUUUUCCAUGUUUGGACUUCCACAACACCACAUUUUAUCUACCCGUUACUUCCAUUUUCUUCCUCCUGCCAACGCCACCAACGGCCACAAUGAACCGCACCCUUGAAUACCCCAUUGUCUCAACGCUCCAAUACUGGCUAGUGAACCACCCUAAAAUCCUUCAUUUCUCAUGGAACCACGGCGGAACCAUAGGCUCCUCCCCACUGUUCCUCUCCCUCACCGUUCUAUCCUAUCUCUUCUUUACUUGCCUCCUGUCACAAGAACUAUCUCGCCGUUCUCCACUUCCCCGCCGCCUCAUCAAAUCCAUCGCCGCCAUCUACAACAUCACCAUCCUCACCCUCAGCCUCACCAUGGCCGUUGGAUGCUCCCUCUCAGUUUUCUCCUAUUCCCCCAACUUCCAAUACCUUAUUUGUUUCCCUAAAUCCACCACCUCCACUGGUCCUCUGUUUUUCUGGGCCUACAUGUUCUACCUCUCCAAGAUCGUGGAAUUCAUGGACACCCUUUUAAUCAUCAUGAGCAACUCCGUCAAACGCUUGACCUUCCUCCAUGUCUACCACCACACCAUGGUCGUGACCAUGUGCUACAUUUGCUUAAGUAGUGUGCAAUCUUCCUUCCCCAUGGUCCUAGUUACCAAUUGCCUAGUACAUGUGUUAAUGUACACAUACUACUUGUUAACUUCACUAGGGGUCCGCCCCUGGUGGAAGAGAUUGGUGACAGAUUGCCAGCUUCUGCAGUUCUGGUCGAGCUUCGGCAUCCUGGCUCUGCUUCUCUACUUCCAUUUCACCGGACCAGGGUGCUCCGGCAUAUGGAGUUGGUGCUUCAACAUGUGCUUCAUUAGCACCCUUCUGGUCUUAUUCACUGAUUUCCAUAGAAAGAGUUAUUCUCCCAAGAUCAAGAGUAUUUGAUUAAUUCAAGAUUGCAUUUUUUAUUUUUAAAAAAUUUUCAAGGAUUCAAUGGGCGUUCUUAGCUACGGCUGCAUUGAAUACAAAUGCAUGUUCCUCUGCCCGAUGUGUUGGCCACAUAAUAACAGUAUGUUAUUACA